AUGGAUGAGGAUAUUGAGAGGGCUGUGAAAGCUUGCACAGUGUGUCAGUCGGUAAGAAACACUCCUCCUCAUGCACCACUACUGAUACCAUGGAAAUGGCCGACCAGACCAUUUCAACGUGUUCAUAUUGAUUUCUGUCAAGAAGGUAAGGAUUAUUUUCUUGUGGUAAUUGACAGCCACUCAAAGUGGAUUGAAGUAAAACAUAUGACCUCUACUACUACCCAACGUACUCUUGAUGAGCUUCGAUUGAUCUUUGCUGUUUAUGGUUUGCCAGAGGAGGUAGUAUCCGACAAUGGACCUCAAUUUACUGCAACUGAGUUUGUCGAGUUCAUGACUAAAAAUGGAAUCAAGCACACAUUAGUCCCCCCAUAUCAUCCGCAAUCAAAUGGGGCAGCGGAAAGGUCCGUGAGAGUGGUUAAAGAAGCUUUAGCCAAACAAGUUAUUCAAGGCACCCAAGGCGUGUCUAUGAAACAUAGACUGGCAAAUUUUCUCCUGAGGUAUCGAACCACUCCUCACAGCACCACAGGUGUGUCGCCAGGAGAGUUGAUGAUGAAGCGCCGUUUGAGAACAAGGUUAAGUUUGGUUAAACCUGAUCUAGCACAGGUCGUAGAGGGAAAGCAAGAACAGCAGAAAGUGUAUAAAGAUGGGAAAGGAAAGAGUGAGAGAACAUUUGAGAAAGAGGAAAGAGUGCGCGUGUUAAACACUAGAGCAACGAACAAAACUAACAAAUGGAUUUUAGGUACAGUAGUUAAGAGUUGUGGGCCGCGUACAUAUGUAGUAAAAUGUGAAAAGAGAAUGAGACGUGUGCAUCCAGAUCAUAUGAUCAAGGCACAUGAUGGUAGAGAGAAUGGUAGCAAUGAUUUAAAAGAUGAUGAUGACGAAUCAGGGGAACAGACUGUCGCAGAUGACAAUGGCGAAAUAGCCACCGAGGUAAGUGAAUCACUGAUAGAGGUAGUUGAGAAGAACGUGACACCUGUGGUGUCUUCAGAUGUUGUUACCCAGCAGAAAGAUCUUCGGAGAUCUGGGAGAAUCAGAAUGCCAGUAAAUAGGUUUGGAUGGUAAGUAUUUCUGUUUAUGUUGUUGUUUGAGUAAUAUAUAUAAAUAACUAAAAAAAAAAAAGGAAAAGCAGUGUAAUAUAUUAAAUUAAGGUUCAUAUUAGCAUAAUUUAUGCAUAUCCCUUAAUGCUGUGCGGGAAUAAAGGAAUUAUGUUGUAACUCGACAAUGUUGUUUGUUUUGCUUAUAUUCUUAUACUAAAACAAGUCUCAGUAUACUACAACAAGUUUUCAUAUAAAAAGGUCAAAAUUUCCGAAAAUUCGUCAAUUUUCCGUGAAGGUGGGGGGCAGCCCACCAUGAGUUCCGCCACUGACGGACUUGAUUGCAAACUCGUAGACUUCUGGCUGAUUAUAUCCUGUGCUUUGAAAACUAACCAUUCCGUUUCGAUUUUUAACAGUGGAAAUAAGCCUGCAGUUUCAUGAAAUAGUGCAGCUGUUCAACCGCGAAACAAAGUCUAAUAAUUGUUUUGAUGUUGAUGUUGUUAAUUAUUACACUGGCCGCAGCCAGUGACAUAAUUUGCCGUCGCUGGAAUGCGAGGAAUUUUUUCAGUUUUUUUUUGUUGUCGCAAGUGUGACUUUCCAUUGCGGCAUCGUGGGCUCAGGAUUGCGCAAUUCAGCCCCUGAGCUAUAAUAAUAUUACUGUAAUAUUAUAUAGCUCAGUGAAUUUAGCUAUCACAUUACACAUGCUCACUAUGAUUUAUCAGCCGCUCCUUGCGUUAUCAACAAUAUAGUAUUGUAAUUAUCAAACUAUAGUUAUUAUGGUUAUUGGGUUGUAACCCUAACCUCUAACGCCCACCCCCUAACCCCUAACCCUAAAGUAAAGUUGCUGGGGUUUGCCCAAUAACUGAUUGCUAAUAACGGUUGAUAAUUACAAUACUAUAUUGUUGACUCGUGCGGAACGGGUGGAUUUAUAAACCAAUUCCUAUAUUUUGAGAAGAAAGCGACACCGUACGAUUCAGCGUAUAAAGAAAUUGUACUUACGGAUGUCAAGUGUAUUACUGAACACCAGUAUUCUAGCGAUUUAUGGCCUUUGAAAAUCAAGCGAAAUUGUAUUGAUAAAUCGCUCGCAGUAUGUAUUGUUAUUUAUAACAAAUCACUCGCACUACGUUUGUCUUUGUAUUUGUGCUGUCUAAUGGCGCAAUAAGGAUAAAAAUACCACCGUUCGAUUCAGCAUAAGAAUUUGUACUUACGGAUGUCAAAUGUAUUACUAUUUAUAUACUAUUGAAAUUUAAUACAACGAAAUAUAGCAUUCUACGUCGAUAAUUUCAAUCAUAGUUUAAUAAUUAUUUUCAAUCUAUAGUAAUUCACCGUUUCCAGGUUUUUUUAUACCUUUAAUAAAGCUACAAUAAAGCUAAAUUUGUAGGAAAUAACAUUUUUUAGUUAUAAAAUAGUAUAAAAGAAAAUCUAACAGUCAAUCGCUUUGACCCUUUCGAUACAAACUUGAUCUGCCUUGACCUUGUUUAUAUUACCGUCGUUGGCAACUAACGAUGAACAGUCGCUCAUAAAAACAUUGCUUAUUCGCGUGAGAAUCUUAAGUUUUCUUAUUUUGACAUAAUAGCUAUUUUUUCAAACAAUAUUAAACUUAUUGGAUCACUAUUUUAAGUUUCAGAUCAGUUGUACCAAAAGUUAUAAGCGGUCGCGCAUCAUUACCAGGGCACAGGGUCGGUCAUACAGAAGCCCAAUUUAUGGUUUUCCAAUGAUUUUGGCGUGACCGUAAUUCAUCAUCAAAAUGCUGACGUCAUGGUCCUGGCUGGUGCGCUUUUGGGAGGCAUUUACCCCCCUGAUAAUAUUCAAAAUGAUAGACGUCCAGGGGGGGGGUUGCCUCUUUGGUGCGCACUGGUUGGGACGUGGCAGCGUUUACUCUAAUUACAGUCUUUCAAAACAUGGUUUGGAAACACCGCUAAAGUCUUUGUUCUAUCUUUUUGUUUUGCGUUUAUGCAGUUUUAUGAACGGUGCACAGUCAAUUAUGAACACAUUGUAUUUCAGUAUAAUGAACGAAUCAUCCAACAGCGACGUUUCAGUUCAGUCAUUCAACCAUGUUAGUUAAAUAUUAAUAAACCUAAAACAAAGGAUGUGCAUGGUGUAAGGUACGGCUCAACGUAAAAUCCCAGCUCAUUAUAACCGCUUUGAAGUUUACUGAGUUUCCAGACCAUGUUUUGAAAGACUAUGCUCUAAUCGACCUUCUGUGCAUCUUUGUUCAGUGCCAGGGGGUAACUGCUUCUGUUUACUGUACUUGCCGACUGACAAAUCAUGACAAAUAACACGUACACAGAAAACAAUGGAGAUGGCCGUGAUUUCUGUAUAGUAUUCUGAGUCGUGAAGUUUCAUGGUUUUGAUGGCAUGCAACAUGUACGCACUACGUACCUAUUUUUUAGAAUAUUGCGAUGGUAUUUUACUGUUUUACCAACCGCGAAGGCCAGUGUGAACGCCUGAGCAGGCGUAUUGUUUAAUUCUAGCUUGUUGUGCCGAUUUGGAUAAGACAUAAGUGUAAACCAGUGAACUCUAUAUAUAUAUAUAUAUAUAUAUAUAUAUAUAUAUAUAUAUAUAUAUAUAUAUAUAUAUAUAUAUAUAUAUAUAUAUAUAUAUAUAUCUGGAAUGAUAACAGCGAGCGAAAAGUGAAGCCGACAAAAAUAUCACGACAUAAGUAUUCGUCAUUGUCUUCGUCAUCAACUGUUCAAGAACUUUCUUACAGUAUUAAAAAUCACUUACAUAUAAAAUUUGUAAUUGUUUUGAAAGUUUUUAUCACAGUUUUUAUAUCUUUAUUCACUUUUAACCUGAAGAUGGAGUUAUACUCCGAAACGUAGUUAUUAAAAUAAUUUUUUACUAAGCCCAUAUGGUAUAAUUUAUAUUCAAACACACGUACAUAUUCAUUUACACUUUGCUGGCAGGCAAAUUCCGAUCACACAAUAAAUACUUUAAAAAAUAACGUACCAGUGUAUUGACUAAAAACUAUAAAACUGGUAAACUAAAAAACAAUUCAAACAAUCGCGAAAAAUGGCAACGGCAAAGUCACAGUUGCAAGUCAAUUUACCUACCUGUAAAAUGAAAACGACAGUACGACACAAUAUAUUUGAAAAAGUGAUUCUUUUCUCCACACGGGGAAGUUUUCCUCGACUUUUUUUCCGACAGGGAACUCAAUGCAGUAAAUUUUAGGAGCAAAACAGUUUGCUCCUAAAAUGUAUUGCAUUGAGUUGUCCAUGUUUUUAAUUUUUUUUCGUGAUUGCGUUCAAAUUUAUACUGGCCGUGCAACGGUUUGCAAGAGGGGGAAUGAAACUGACGUCCAAUCCGCAUAAACCUGACGUUUGAGGGACUGAGACUGACGUCCAAUCCGCGUGAAAGACUGGUAUCGAGGCUUCAUUGUUUUCACAAUCAAAUGACUGAAUGUUAUCGUUCCAGAUAUAUAUAUAUAUAUAUAGAGUUCACUGGUGUAAACAUUUCAGCAGUAAAAUUCCAUGUCGUACUUGCUUUAUGUUGUUGAAUUUAUUCAUUCUUGCGAAAUUUUGAAGCCAUUCUUAACUCGAUAAUUCACUAUAAAUAUUGUGUUUUAAUGCAAGCUAAAUACAAUAUAUAAAAAUAUUGUGUUUUAAUGGUAUGACUGAAAUUGCAGCGAAUGUUAUCGCGUUCAUUAAGCUAGCGCGUUAGUUGUGUUUUUAUGUUUGCUUAUAAUGGUUUUAAUACUUUAUGUAGAGUUUCUGUACUUCAUCUAUUAGGAAAGGCGAGAGGAUGCUGCAUGCAUGUAUUUUCUAGUAACAUGUCAUAUUAUGAAGUCCCUAGUUAAUAUGUCAUAUUAUUGAGCCCCCUUAUAUAAAAUAUAAAAAUGUCUUGCUAAUUUUAUUAAUAAGGUUUGGCAUUAGCAUUUACUGUACAAUUUUACCAAAGUUAUUCUCUCUACAACAAUUGCGACAUUACUCUCCCAACUAUGUUUAUCCUAAACCACCCUGUCAAUUUCCCCGUGGGAGGAAACCGGAGCUCCCGGAAAAAGCCCACGACUUUCGGCAGAGCAUUGAACUAUAGUGACUCUUUCUAGUCACGUCCGUAGCGAGAAUUGAUUUCAAAGGCGACUAAAACUAAAAGACGUUUGCUCUAAAGACUGCGCCACCGAAGCUCCCAAGCCUAUAUAGAUGCAGAAUGUGACGAGAAUGGGAGGGUUAAUUAGACUAUACGGCAGAGUAGCACUUAGGAUUUUAUACGAAGGAGCCAGGAUCAUCCAUAUUAAAAUCAUAUUUUGGCGUCUACUGCAACAUGUCUGGCGUGUUCACAUAAAGUGCCCCAAUGUCAAUGAAUAUGCUUUUUUCAAGAUAUCGAUUUUGGUCAUUCAGAAUUUCGGAAUUAAGUUCAGCUGUUAAUGAAUCGUCUGGCGUUAAAAACAGAGUGAAAUAAGAACAAAGUAGCUUUGAACAGCGACUUCUGUUUCGUCUGUUGUCGCAACAUUUUUUUGAAGGAAAUAUGUUGCUUCCUUCCAAACAUUGGGACAACAAAACAAGUCUGUCUAAGACUAGAUUAAUACAAAGCUAUUUAAAAUCACACAGAAACGAUAAUUAAAGAACACUCAAUUUUUCAAGAACAAGUCGCCUAGUUUACAUAUAUUUGUGUCUUAUUGUAUUAAAAAGAAACACGUCUUAUCAACUUGUUGCCAAAUAGGUUACCAACCUACUCACAUGGCCAGAAAUCACGGACAUUUUCAUUUCUCAGGUUUCAUGUUACAACGAGCACCCACGCAACAAUGGCUGCGAAAGGCCCUAUAUAUGUUUAUUAUCAGGCGAGCAGAGUAUUUUCAAUAUAGCAUGCUAUAUAUAAAUCUUUGAAUAUUUGUUGAAAUUGAUUCAAGCGGUCGUAUAGUAAAACAUUAAGAAAAAAUGUUCUUAUUUACUUUGUAUAUAGUCGCUCUGCUUUUUGCGAUUGAAUAUUACAACAUUUUACCUCACUUUACAUAGGAAUCUAUAAAAACUACAACGGAACUAACACCACACUAAGACUCUAAUAUAAACAUGUAUAUCAGUUAUCUCAUUUUCUUUUUUAUAUAACUGUAAAAAAUCGGGAUAUAUAUAUAGCCGAUCACCAUGGUCUUUAUUACUUUUCCGAAGAAUCGCUCACGAUAAGCUAGGCUACUAGAUACGCUGAUUGAAACUUAACCUUCAUCACGGAACUAAAGCUUCUAAAACCUAUUUUAAUAUUUAAAUAAUGACUUUAUAUAAAAAUAUAUAGCCUAUAUAGUAUUUCUCAUAUUUCUUCACAUGUAUAGCUAUAAACCUAUGAUAUGUAUAUAGAGAAUAAUACAUGGGUGCGCGGAAAUACCAGAUUUAUUUCGAGUGUUGAACAUGAUAUCUCACAAGUGAGCGCAGCGAACGAGUGAGAUAUCAUGUUCAACACGAGUUUCAAAUUGAAACACGAGUUUAAAUUAAGUGAAAAACAAUAAAACGUGGAAAUGCGUUUUACAACAAAUGAUAUUUUCACACGUAAAAAUAUCGUAUUUUUUGCGUGUGUUUAAAUACGAUUUUUCUCAGUGGCCAAAAACUCUAUAUAACACUUAUGUUUAUAGGCCUAUAGUAAUUUCUUCAUUCCUGAUGAUGACUAAAAUCUAGUCGAAACGACGAAUAAACUCUUUUCAAAAUCUUUGCCGUUUUCGCAAUUCAUUGACAUGCAUGUAUUGUAUUUAAUUAAAAUACUCAAGGGUUCCCGCAAUUUAUCACCAACAAUGAAACGAAAUGUGGGCAGAUACAUUGUUAUCUGAUUCGCCCAUAUAUAAUCUGCAACCUUACCUAUACACUAUUUUUUACCUAACUAAUAAGUACUGUUUAAUAAACGAGCAGGAGUGUUUUAUUAGGUUUAAAGACACGAGCGCGUGUAGGAAAUGGCUAGUAGGAAAUGAACAUUUGGAAAUGAACAUAGUGACCUGCUUCGCCAGGUCACGAAUGCUGCGCGUGCUGAGUUUCAGGGGAUGAAAUAUCGAAUGACUAUCGAUUCCGUUAAAAUUUCUGUACAUAUGUAUAUAUGAAAAGGUUAAAAAGAAUUUCUUCAGGCAUAAAAUUGGAAUAAAAAGAUGUUAAAAAUGUUUUAUUUUCCAGAC